AAAAACAAGAAGGCUCCAAAGAAACCUUGCAGCAGACCACCUUGAGGUGCACGAUUGUUCUGCAAAACUCCUGCAAUGAUCUUAUUUGACAGUGAUGUAAAAUACUUCCGCAGGAGCAGCGGGCGGGGUCUUGGAAUACCUUCAACAUUUGGGACUGUAACAGAAGAUGGAAGUAGCGUUGACAUUACCUGCGAGCCACCAAUCUCUGGUUCCAUGAUUUUUUGGUUUCGAGUGACGGACAACGUAGCCAUGGAGUUUAUUACCACAAUGGCUCCAGACGGGUCAAUGAAAGCACCAAUAAACGAAGACAUAUUCAAAAAACCAACAAUGAAAAAUAAACUCAUGCUUAAGAGUUUUAAGAAAGAACGCGACAGUGGCUCUUACGGCUGUAUGUCAAUUAACAGAAAUGAACUUAUGUUUGGCGAAGUUACUCUUCUUGCUGGACCAGAAGCACCAAAAACGACAACAACAACGAAAGCACCAGCAAAGACAGCCCAAUCCAUUCAAUCCACAACACCCAAGUCGUGUGCUUGUAACUCUGAUAAAGUGGGGAAGAAGAACUCUGGGCUGUCCUGUGAUCCUUUGAUGUGGGGCCCACUGGCUGGGGGCUGUGGCCUUCUCGUCCUCCUUCUCAUAGUCACCAUAUGUUACUGCAAUCGUAUUAGAACCAGACGCUGCCCUCAUCAUUACAAAAGACAGAAACAAACAGCACAAGGAAAGCAACAUGCUAUGGCUACAAGACAUGUUUAAUGCCAUUAAGUAUAUUUCCUUUAAAACAUUUUUAAACAAUAAACGAACGAUUUGAAAACAUAUACUACUUUACAGAGACAAAACAAUUAAUUUAAAACACUUUGAGGUUAGAAAAACACAUUUGGGUUUCAAACAGCAUCUUCUAGAGCUUAAAAAAGGCUUGGUGACACAGUGAGGUUCUACUUGGAUCAUACUUCAGAGUACUCCUUACCAAUAAUUGUAUAUACUCUUCUGACUCCUAUGUACUAUUUUGUGUUGUAAACUCUAUUCCUGUUCAAUUGCACCAUUGUCAAAUUGUUACAUUUUUGUUGAUUUCGUGAGCUACAGACUUUUUUGUUUGUCUCAAUGAUAACAUGGUUAAUUCUUUUUUUUAGACUGUCAAGAAAGUCAUGGGAUGAGAUGGGACGAUGUGGAGUAAAAUUUAACAUAUAACUUUUAUGCAUUUUUCUUUUUUAAUAUCUUAAAUUCACAAUGAUUUCAUGUUCUUUCCUCUCUUCCUCCAUCAAAAACCUGGGAUUUUGGAAAAUAAUCCAUUAAAGGCUCUGAAAUGGAUGCUUCUAGUAUAACACAUUUAAAGCUUGCCUGUAAAUAACCCAGAAACAAGCUCUUAAAUAAAUAAAAAUAUUCAACUGA